AUGAACGAUUCUAUUGAUUCUGGAUAUUCAUUUACACCUAAAUAAUAAAAAAAAUAGAGCUCCAUUCCAUUUUUAGUUAGUGAAGAAGUCAAAAAGAUCAUUUCUUUUAAUAUGACACCUUUUAAAGAUAAUAAUCAUUAUGAACAAAUCAGAACUCCAAUUACAGAAGGUUAUGAUAGAAAAUUACAAGAUGCUAUUAAAUAAUUAGAAAUAGAAGAAUUAAUCACUGAUCCAAUCGAUUUCUUAUGUAGAAAUACUACAAAUAAUAUUAUUUGUUCUCUAAAUUUAAAUACAAUUUAACGAUCAAUUUUAUUUUAAUUACUUUCUAUUUUAGUUGAUGGAUUAGUUGUUAUUAUCUCUUAUAAUUAUGUACUACUUAAAGAAAAAUUAAGAAGAAUUCAAGAUAUUGUUUCAUGGGCAGCCAUCAAUCCAGAAGUUCCUGAUCAUUAAAUUGAAUUCAUUGUUAAAAAUAUCUCAAGCAGAAAUAUCAAAUUAUUAAUUAUACAUCCAGAAUAAGCACAUCUAAUAGAUUUAUCAAAUCUAGAUAUAAAACUACUUUUGUUAGAUUAAUCUAAUUAUUAUUUAUCAUUUUUAGAAAUUGGCAAAGUUCAAUCAGAUCUAACUAAAUAUAUUUCUAAAGCUAACACAGAAUUUAUCCAUAUUCUUUUGCCUAUUACUUAAAGUGUCUUUAUUCAAGAUCUUCGAUUAUUUCAACCUUUUAAUAGAACCUAUCAAACUUAUAGAGAGUAAUAACUUUGUUCUAUAAUAUCUUUAGAUCAUUCACUCCCAAAACUUAAAUCACAUGCUCAAAGGAUGAAAGUCCUAUUAAAUCAUUGAUCUCAUUGCUUAGAAGCUAAAGACUAUACAGAAAAACUGGCAUUGCUGUCUAUUGUCAUAAUAUAAGUGCAGUUGAAUCUGUUUAAUUUACUUUGUAAUAAAAUGGAUUUAAGAGUAAUUCUAUUCAUUAAAAAAAACCUGAAAAUUAAAGAUAAGCCAGUUAUUAUGAUUUUGCUUCUUAAAAUAUUGAUAUUGUUGUAUUACCUAGCGGAUUUCAAUUGCCAGAAGGAUUGAAAAAUUUUAUUUUUCUUUCUGUACAUUUAUAUUUGCCAUUAAAUAUUGAAACAUUCAUUCUAGAUAUAUCUGAAUUAAAUAAAGAAGCAAAUUCACAUAUAUUUUUAUGUGAUGAUUAUUAUUUCACUUAAAGGGCUGAGAUCUGUUCUAAUUUUAUUUAAAUUGAAAAUUUAGCUGUCUUUAUGUAAGAAUGUGUUUAUACAAAUGAUUUAAUAUCAAAAGAUGAAAAUGAUAUAACUUAUUGGUUAACUAAAAAAUGGUUACAUUUAUAAAAUUAAGAAUAAUUUGAAAUAAAAAUAAAAAAGAUUUAGUUAAAUGAGUCUUCAUUAAAUUUUGAUUUUAGUAAAAAACAAAUCUAAUUCUUUCUCUAAGAAUUAGAAAAAGAAAAAUGGUUAGAAAUUUAAGUAACCAUUCCUGUAGAAUUAAUUAUAUCAUAAUUACCAGAAGAUGAGUAGAUUUCUUAAAAUAUAUAAAUUUAUGGUAAGAAAUCUGGAAGCCUCAAUGGAUAUAAAUGUUUAGUUGAUGAUUUACUUAAAGGAUCUGUAAUGACACCAAUUUAAUUAAUAAAUAAACUAAAAUUAUUAAAAGUUAAAUUUGAAAUUUCAGAAGAAGCUUAAAUAAUAAAAUUAACACACUUUCCAUCUCAAUCUGAAUUGUAAGCAAAAGUUUUAGAUAUUUAUUCUGGUAUUAAACGACAAAACAUUAUUCGAAUUAAUAAUUUAGAUUAAAUGUACACAAUGGCAAAGACAGGAUCCUUUAGAUCUUUGGAAUAUAUGUGGAAACAAAUUUAACUAUAGAAAAAUUCUACAUAAUUAACUGAUUUUAUUUAAUAAUAUUUAGACUAGACUAUCUAUUCUGAUUUAACUGGAAAUAAUAAUUUACCUUUUAUUAAGCUUGAAACUUAAAGAGAAAAGUCAACUCUUUUGUAAGAUGUCAAGGUAUUAAGUAUUGAUAAUACUUUUAGUGUAUAAUAAACUUUUAUAAUAUAAUUGAUUAUGGAUUGUCCUGGAUUUAAAAAGAAAAUUGUGCAACCAAAAUAUUAGUUAUAUUGCAAGGUCUUAAAACUAAUAAAAAAGAGUUAAAAUCUUUACAUUAAUGGAAUAAAUACAGAUCAUAUAAUUAUUUGAAAAUCCAUGAAAUGAUUCAUGAAUAAUUAGAAUAGUUAGAAACCAAGUUAUUGUGUUAAAGUAAAAAAAAAAUUAAAAUCUGA